GGCUCCAAGCCGUGCCAUGGGAUUGGUUAGCGGCAACACCACAUGCGGCGACGACCGUCCGUCUCCCUCUCCUCUUCGCCCUUGUAUAGAAAACUAUCACCGCCAGUGUUCAACCAUAUCCCUCCGUAACUCCGUUGUCACUGAACAAGCCGCUUCUCUGCAACUCCUACUCGUUCCUGUCUUUCUUUCCCAAGGGUUUCUAGGAAGACCAGCAUGAAUUCAUCUAUUUCAGCUAUGUUCAGAUUCUUCCCUGACCAUGCCUUCAACUUAAUGAAAACCCAUUAUUCUCGCAGCCUUCUUCUGGCAUUUAGUCCAGUUUUUCGUCAUUUUUUGUCAUCGGGCAGUCAUCUGCUUUUUAUUUUUCUCCUGAUAUCAGAUUGGUUCUUUCGACGGCAAACGAAGGCAGUUUCGUCGAAUGGUUCUGGUGUUUUCCUGAAACUCAGCGUCGCUUGUGCCUUGGCUUUGUGUGCUUUUUUUGGUUUCUUGGCCGGUUUCAACUGUUUGAACUAUUGGGAUGGGGGUUCUCUUGAAUUCAUCAGCACCCAAGUCGACUUUUUAGUGCAACUUGCUUCCUGGUGUGCUGUUUAUGUGGCUUUGAAGCACAGGGUAAGUGAGAGAAGAUUCCCAAUGUUGUUGAGAGUAUGGUGGACGGUGUUCUUCAUCAUCUCUUUGUAUGGUUCUGGUGUUCAUUUGUUCAAUUUUGAGAGAGAUGAGCACGUUGAUCAUUAUGCUUGGGUUGAUUAUGUUUCAACCAUCAUAGGCCUUCUCCUCUGUUAUAUUUCUAUAUUUGGUGAAACCGGGAUCAAGGAAGGGGAGGACGAAAGCCCCCUAAGUGAACCUCUACUGAAUGGAUUUACAGAGAAGAAAGAUGUUGGUGAGAACGCUUCACAUUAUGCAAAUGCAAGCCUUUUCAGUAUACUGACCUUUUCUUGGAUUGGUCCUCUGCUUUCUCUUGGCAACCAAAAAACAUUGGACCUAAAAGACGUGCCCAAGCUGGGUAAGAAUGACAGUGCAAAAUUCAUCUUUUCUGCUUUCAGAGAUGGACUAAGUGAUGCAAGAACUGUAGAGAAUUUUGGGACUCUUGAUUUGGUGAAGUCAUUGUUCUUCACUGUGUGGAAAGAGGUUCUUUCGACUGCACUUCUUUGCUUACUGUACAACUGUGCGUCACUUGUUGGCCCUUACCUCAUCGACUCUUUGGUGCAAUACCUCAAUGGCGAACACAGAAAUGCAAGUGAGGGCUAUGUCCUAGUUUCUGUGUUCGUCGCUGCGAAGGUGAUUGAGUGCUUCUCACAGCGACACUGGUUUUUCUGGUUACAGAAAGUUGGUAUUAGAAACAGGGCAGCUUUGGACGCCAUGAUAUAUAUGAAAGGCCUUUCACUCUCGACCCAAGCUCGGCAAGGGCGUACAUCUGGCGAGAUUAUCAAUCUUAUGAGCGUGGAUGCCGAGAGAGUUGGAGAAUUCGGUUGGUAUAUGCAUGAUAUCUGGAUGGUGCCUAUUCAAGUAGCUCUCGCACUGGUCAUCUUGUACAAGGACUUGGGUCUUGCUUCAAUUGCUGCCUUAUUGGCUACUGUUGCUAUUAUGAUGGCCAAUCUCCCUUUGGGGAAAUUGCAGGAAGGCUUUCAAGAUAAGAUCAUGGAGUCGAAGGACGAGAGAAUGAAGGCAACAUCGGAGAUCCUGAGGAACAUGAGGAUACUAAAACUUCAAGGUUGGGAGAUGAGAUUUCUGCAGAAAAUUAUGGAGUUAAGAAAGAAAGAAACAUUUUGGUUGAAGAAGAGUUUGUACACGUCUGCCAUGGUAACCUUUUCUUUCUGGGGAGCUCCCACUUUUAUAUCAGUUGUCUCAUUUGGAGCUUGUGUUCUGCUGGGGAUACCACUUAAGGCUGGGAGAAUUCUCUCUGCACUUGCAACUUUCAGGGUGCUCCAGGAGCCUAUAUGUCAGCUGCCCGACACAAUUUCAGUUGUCGUUCAGACGAAGGUUUCUCUUGACAGGAUCGCUUCGUUUCUUCGUCUGGAGGAAAUCCAGAGGGAUGCAAUUGAAAAAUCUGCAAAUGAUCCUUCUGCAAUGGCAGUUGAAAUUUGUGAUGGUGUCUUUUCUUGGGAUCCUUCUUCAGUGAGUCCCACUCUAAAGGACCUGAAUUUGCGUGUUCAUCACGGCAUGAAAGUUGCCGUCUGUGGGACCGUUGGCUCGGGCAAGUCAAGCUUUCUUUCCUGCAUCUUGGGUGAAGUUCCUAAGGUGUCCGGAAGGAUCAGAUUGAGUGGCAAAACAGCUUAUGUUGCUCAGUCACCGUGGAUACAGAGUGGCACUAUAGAAGACAACAUCCUUUUUGGUAGUAGUAAAGACGGAGGGAAGUAUGACCAAGUGCUUGAGGUAUGUGCUCUGAAAAAGGACCUAGAAGUGCUUCCCUUUGGUGAUCAAACUGUUAUUGGAGAAAGGGGAAUCAAUUUAAGUGGGGGCCAGAAACAGAGAAUACAGAUUGCUCGGGCUAUAUACCAGGACGCUGAUAUUUACCUGUUCGAUGAUCCUUUUAGUGCUGUUGAUGCUCACACUGGAACCCAUCUCUUUCAGGAGUGCUUGCUUGAAUUUCUGAAUUCAAAAACUGUCCUCUAUGUGACACAUCAGGUUGAGUUUUUACCUGCUGCGGAUCUGAUCCUGGUUAUGAAGGAUGGUAAGAUAACGCAAGCAGGAACUUAUGCCAGCAUUCUAACUUCAGGAACUGAUUUUGAAGAACUGGUUGGUGCACACAAGCAAGCUCUGUCAGCCGUUGAAGCGAUUAAAUCCAAAACUGAGCCACAAAUAAAAGAGGAACAUGGUUCAAGCAUGACAUAUGCAGAUGCUUCCGGAGCCAAUCAGAAUGGCCAACAUGCCAAAACAGUAGAAAGCGAGGAAUCAGAUAAUCAAAAGGAAGCAGUGGUUAGAUCUGAGGAGAAGAAGGGACAGCUUGUUGAGGAAGAAGAAAGAGAAAAAGGCAGUGUUGGCUUUUCAGUUUAUUGGGAGUACAUGAAGUCAGCAUAUGGUGGGGCUUUAGUUCCAUUUAUUCUAUUGUCGCAAGUUCUAUUUCAGCUUUUUCAGAUUGGGAGCAACUAUUGGAUGGCAUGGGCAACUCCUGUUUCUGAAGAUGAGCAAUCUCAAGUGAGCACCUUCACUGUUAUUCUUGUCUAUGUUGCCUUGGCAUUAGCGAGCUCCGUUUGCGUGCUUUCAAGGGUUACUCUCCUUGUAACAGCUGGCUAUAAGGCGGCAAUUGUACUCUUUGAGAAGAUGCAUAAUUGUAUCUUCCGAGCUCCUAUGUCAUUCUUUGAUGCUACCCCAACCGGCCGCAUGAUUAACAGGGCAUCAACAGAUCAAAGUACGGUUGAUACAUCCAUUCUUUUCCACCUGGGCUCGUCUGCCUUCUCCAUCAUACAACUGCUUGGUAUUAUUGCUGUAAUGUCACAGGUUGCAUGGCAAAUUUUCAUUAUUUUCAUCCCUGUGAUUGCAGUGUGCCUUUGGCUACAGCAAUAUUAUAUACCAGCUGCUCGGGAACUUUCUCGAUUGGGUGGAGUCUGCGCAGCUCCUCUCAUUCAGCAUUUCGCAGAGACAUUGGCAGGAUCAGCCACUAUUAGGAGUUUUGACCAGGAAUCGAGAUUCAUAGAGACAAACUUUGUGCUCGUGGACCAGAUUUCUAGACCCAAAUUCCAUAUUGCUGGUGCAAUGGAGUGGCUGUGCUUCCGCUUGGAAUUAUUAUCUGCAUGUAUAUUUGCUUUUUCCUUGAUUUUUUUGAUCCUUCUGCCAAAGGGUGUAAUUAGCCCAGGCAUCGCUGGUUUAUCAGUGACAUAUGGACUAAACUUAAAUAUGCUGCAAAUGUGGGUUGUGUGGAACUUGUGCAUUCUUGAGACGAAAAUCAUUUCCGUUGAAAGAAUACUUCAGUAUACGCGCAUUCCUAGUGAACCACCUCUUGUUAUAGAGACAAAUAGGCCAAGUACAAGUUGGCCGUCUCAUGGCGAGAUAGCUGUUCGUGAUCUGCAGGUCCGCUAUGCCCCACAUCUGCCUCUUGUUUUGAGAGGUCUUACAUGCACAUUGAACGGAGGAAGCAAGAUUGGUGUUGUUGGAAGAACAGGGAGUGGAAAAUCUACACUUGUGCAAACACUCUUUCGUAUUAUUGAUCCUUCAGGUGGCCAUAUUAUGAUCGAUGGAGUUGACAUCUAUACUAUUGGGUUGCAUGAUUUAAGAUCCAGAUUAAGCAUCAUCCCGCAAGAUCCAACUAUGUUUGAGGGAACCAUCCGAAGCAAUCUUGAUCCCCUGGAAGAUUACUUGGACCAAGAAAUAUGGGAGGCGUUAGAAAGAUGCCAACUUGGAGAUAUAGUAAGGCAGAAGGAAGGCAAACUGGUUUCCAUAGUCGCUGAGAAUGGGGAGAAUUGGAGCGUGGGACAGAGGCAGCUAGUGUGUUUAGGGAGAGUUCUAUUAAAAAGGAGCAAAGUUUUGGUGCUGGAUGAAGCAACAGCAUCAGUUGACACUGCAACUGAUAUCCUGAUUCAGCAGACGCUCAGGCAGGAGUUCCCAGAUUGUACUGUUAUUACAAUUGCACACCGUAUAGCAUCAGUGCUAGACAGUGAUAUGGUGCUACUUCUUGAUAAUGGGAAAAUUGCAGAGUAUGACUCCCCAACCAAAUUAUUGGAGGAUGGUUCUUCUGCAUUUGCACGGCUUGUCACUGAAUACACGAUGAGAUCAAGUAGGAGCACCAACAAACUGAAUCAGCUUUGAAAAACUUCUGGUCAAACGCACUGAUUAGUAGUAACAAGGAAUGAAUGCUCUAAGGAUUCGACGAUGGCAUUUGUCUACGUCAUUGGCGAGCUGCACAAUGCUUGCCUGAUAUGGAAGUAAGAUGUGAAACCUACUCACUAUUAUUUAGAGAAUUUCCAAGAUUAAACUCUUA